AAAAAAAAAAAUGAAGAGGAGGAGGUAUUAGGCUGGGCUUGGAAGGAUGAUUGGGAAUUUGCCAAAAAGUAAAAUGUGCUGCCCCAGGGGAUGCAGGGGGCUGUUUGCUGGAGCAAUGAUCCCUCACAUAGCGCUAUCCCUCCUCCGGCGCCUAGCCUAUGCCUUGGCCUCCUGCCGACCAACUCCAGUGAGACUCAGAGGGAGUGGCCUCCUGCACACAGCCCCAGUGGUCUGCCCAGACAGGGAUGCCCCGGUGUUCAUCCAAGCACUGGCCUUUGGGGACAGAAUCGCCAUUGUUGACCAACACGGCAGCCACACGUACAGGGACCUUUACCACCGCAGCCUUCGCCUGUCCCGUGAGCUCUGUGGUUUGCGGGGCUGUGUCAGUGGGGACCUCUGUGAGGAGAGGGUCGCCUUCCUGUGCUCCAAUGACGUCUCCUAUGUGGUCGCCCAGUGGGCCUCAUGGAUGAGUGGCGGCAUCGCGGUCCCGCUCUGCAGGAAGCACCCAGAGGCCCAGCUGGAGUAUUUCAUCCAGGACUCCCGGAGCUCUGUGGUCCUGGCCGGCCAGGAGUAUGUGGGGAUCCUGAGCCCAGUGGUCAGGAAGCUGGGAAUCCCGCUCCUGCCUCUCACGCCUGCAGUCUACGAGGGGGCGGCAGGGGAGCUGCCAGAGGGGCAGGUGCAGGUGCGGGAGUGGAGAGACCGGGGCGCCAUGGUCAUCUACACCAGCGGGAGCACCGGGAGCCCCAAGGGCGUCCUGAGCACCCACCGCAAUAUUGGGGCUGUGGUGACUGGGCUGGUCGACAGGUGGGCGUGGACGAAAGACGAUGUGAUCCUCCACGUGCUCCCACUGCACCACGUCCAUGGUGUGGUCAACAAGCUGCUCUGCCCCCUCUGGGUGGGGGCCACCUGUGUGAUGCUGCCCGAGUUCAGCGCUCAGCUGGUUUGGGAAAAGUUCUUAAGCUCUGAAGCUCCACGGGUUAACGUAUUCAUGGCAGUGCCUACAAUAUAUACCAAGUUGCUGGAUUACUAUGACAGACAUUUCACCCAGCCACAUGUCCAAGACUUUGUGCGUGCAGUUUGUGAAGAAAAAAUUAGGUUGAUGGUUUCAGGCUCAGCUGCCCUGCCAUUGCCUGUGCUGGAGAGAUGGAGGGAUGCCACGGGCCACACGCUGCUGGAGCGCUAUGGCAUGACCGAGAUCGGCAUGGCCCUGUCUGCACCCCUGGCCACAGCUCGCCUGCCAGGUUCUGUGGGGACCCCACUGCCAGGGGUGGAGGUGCGUAUUGUCUCAGAAAACCCUCAGAAGGACAGCUGCUCCUACAUCAUCCACGCUGAGGGAAACGAGAGGGAGACCAAGGUGACCCCAGGGUUUGAAGAAAAGGAAGGAGAGCUGCUGGUCAGGGGGCCUUCUGUGUUCCGAGAAUACUGGGAUAAACCAGAAGAAACUAAGAGUGCGUUCACUUCGGACGGCUGGUUCAAAACAGGUGACACUGCUGUGUUCAAGGAUGGUGGAUACUGGAUCCGGGGCCGGACCUCAGUGGACAUAAUCAAGAGUGGGGGCUAUAAAGUCAGCGCCCUAGAGGUUGAGCGGCACCUCCUUGGCCACCCCAGUAUUGUAGAUGUGGCUGUGAUUGGAGUGCCAGAUAUGACCUGGGGCCAGCGGGUCACAGCUGUGGUGACCCUCCGAGAAGGACACUCGCUGUCCCACAGAGAGCUCAAAGAGUGGGCAAGACACGUCCUAGCCCCAUAUGCAGUGCCCUCUGAGCUCCUGCUGGUGGCGGAGAUCCCGAGGAACCCAAUGGGCAAGGUCAACAAGAGGGAGCUGGUCAGGCAGCUCUACCCGGCCUAACCAGCUUCACAGUGCCACCAGGUGCCCACAGAGGACCUGGUGGGGCCUGGUGUCCUGUACCUGGAGCCCCAAGUCAGGCUAAGCAGAAGGCCUGCCUGCACGGGGUGAAGGCCCCUCCCCAGUAUGACUGUCACAACGAGAGAUGAACCCUGGCCACCCCCACACCCCGCCCCAUUUCCUCAGCCACCAGUGCAGUGAGACACCCUGGUUGUACCUGCCCCCCAUGUUCCCUGAAGUUGGCAGGUCUACUCCAGGGAGGGUUGCAGAGGUAUCUCUGAGAAAUAAAUGAAAUAAAGACUCCACAAGAAGAAA